GCCAUGUUGCAGUUUCCCUGCAGCUGAGCCGGCUUCAGUGGGUCUGUCUGAUGUGCUCUGAGCCCUGCUGCUGGGUGCUGUGAGGCGCGCCCAGGCGAGCUCCGGAGUUGCAACAUGAAUGCAGUGACCUAUGAUGAUGUGUAUGUGAAUUUCACUCGGGAAGAGUGGGCUUUGCUGACUCCUUCCCAGAAGAGUCUCUACAAAGAUGUGAUGCUGGAAACCUACAAGAACCUUGCUGCUAUAGGCUACAAUUGGGAAGACCAUUAUAUUGAAGAACAAUUUCAAAGUUCUCGAAGAAAUGGAAGCCAUGAAAGAGGUCAUACUGAAGAGAAACCCUAUGAAUGUAAUCAUUGUGGUACAGCCUUUACAACUCACCGUCAUCUUCAAAGGCAUAAAGGAACACAUACUGGAGUGAAACCUUAUGAAUGUCAUCGAUGUGGUAAAGCCUUUGUAUGGAAGUGUCAUCUCCAAAUACAUAAAAGAACACAUACUGGAGAAAAACCUUAUGAAUGUGAUCAAUGUGGUACAGCCUUUGCAAGUCAUGGUCAUCUUCAAAGGCAUAGAAGGACACAUACUGGAGAGAAACCUUAUGAAUGCAACCAAUGUGGUAAAGCCUUUUCCCAACACAGUUCUCUACAAGACCAUAAAAGGACACACACUGGAGAGAAACCCUAUGACUGUAACCAAUGUGGUAAAGCCUAUGCACGUCACAGUCAUCUCCUAAGACAUAUAAGAACACAUACUGGAGAGAAACCUUAUAAAUGUAAUCAAUGUGGUAAAGCCUUUGCUUAUCAGAGUAGUUUCCAGUAUCAUAAAAAAACACAUACUGCAGAGAAAUCUUAUGAAUGUAAGCAAUGUGGUGAAGUCUUUGCGUGUCGUAAUCAUCUUCAAAUACAUAAGAAAACACAUGCUGGACAGAAACGCUACGAAUGUAACCAAUGUGGUAAAACCUUUGCAUUUCACAGUCAUCUCCAAAGACAUAAAAGACAUAUUGGAGAGAAACCUUAUGAAUGUAAUCACUGUGAUAAAGCCUUUGCAAGUCCUAAUAAUCUUCAAAAACAUCUAAGAAGACAUACUGGAGAGAAACCGUAUAAAUGUAAUCUGUGUGAUAAAACCUAUGCAUGUCACAGUCAUCUCCAAACACAUAAAAGAACACACACUGGAGAGAAGCCCUACAAAUGUAAUCAAUGUGAUAAAGCCUUUUCACAACAAUGUUCUCUACAAGUUCAUAAGAGAACACAUACUGGAGAAAAGCCCUAUGAAUGUGAUCUAUGUUGUAAAGCCUAUAGACGUCACAGUCAUCUCCAAAUACAUAAAAGAACACAUACUGGAGAGAAGCCCUAUGAAUGUAAUCAGUGUGGUAAAGCCUUUCCUUAUUACAAUAGUCUCCAGUAUCAUAAAAUGGCACAUUCUAGAGAGAAAUCUUAUGAAUGUAAUCAGUGUGAUAAAGUUUUUUCACACCACAGUUCUCUACAAGUCCAUAAAAGAAUACAUACUGGAGAGAAACCCUAUGAAUGUAACCAAUGUGGUAAGGUCUUUAUACGUCAGAGUUAUCUCCAAAAACAUAAAAGAGCACAUACUGUCGAGAAACCCUAUGACUGUAACCAAUUUGAUAAAAUAUUUACACAACAUAGUACUCUCCACAGCAUAAAAAAGCACAUAUUUGAGAGAAACUCUAUGAAUAUAAUGUGUGGUAAAACUUUUGCUGGUCAAAGUUAUCUUCAAAGACAUGAAACAAUAGAUAUUGGAGAGAAACCUCAUGAAUGUAUUUAAUAUGGUGACACCUUUGCACAUUUCUGUAAUCUCAAUCAUCAUGAAAGUAUUCAUACUGAAGAGAAAUUCUACGAAUGUAAGCAGUGCGGUAAAGUUUUUGUGUUAUGGUUCCACGUAGAUCCAUCACAAGUCAAACACCAGAUCAAUGCAAAUGACAAGAAUUAAUUGUAAUAAAGCUGCUACUGAUUAAACAGGCCUUUGAACAUAUUCUGGAGGUGAAAUACAACCCAUGUUACGGAGCUUUUAAGCUUGAAAAGCAUAAACAUCUGUGCCAAGUUACAGCUACAAUUUUCUACCAAUCAGCAUUUAGUGAUGGCAGCUUUUGUUAUGUGAUUGACCUAUGUCAAUGUAUACAAAAUGUAUGUUUUUCACUCUAACCAAUAAUAUCCAUUUGUUCUUUUGUAGUUAGGAACAGUCAUUAUGUUUGGGGGAACAAAACAUUAUAUUAACAAAUUAUGUUAACAUAAAUUUGUUAACAAAUUAUGUUAACAUAAAUUUGUUAACAAAUUAUGUUAACAAAUGCUGUAGUUAGGAACAGUCAUGUUUUAGGGAAUAGAAGCCGUGGUUAGCUUGAGGUAGUAAGGAUAUGUAUAUAUCAUUUGGUGUUCAUUGCUUCUUUAUGUUUCUAUUAGUUGAUACUUCCUCUCAAAGUACUGCCUUCUAAGGGAAUUAUCUCAAGAUGGUAGAUAAUGUAACAGCAAUGAGAUUUAUUAAAUUUUUUUCUGUUCUGUGUGUUUAAUGUGAUUAUUGGCUUUUAGGCCAUGAUGGAUAGAUGGAGACUGGAAAACAACUUUCUACUGUGAUCAUCUUACUAUGGUGAUAAAGAUCAGGUUGCCAGCUUUGCACACCACAGAAAUUUUCCACUGAGCCGUCUCACUGAGGUUCAAAUAAAACUAGCUGAAACAUUUCAUCAGUAAACUAUUGUCUUCUUCUCAAGUUAUAAACAUAUUGUCAUCUAAGGAUCAAGGAAAACAGGAUGAUUUUAAUAAUAAAUUUUGCUUGCAUAGGAAUAGA